ACCGUUCAGGUCUUCUCUCUCUUUCUCGCUCGGUAUUCCGUCCCACGCGCGGCACCGCCCACGCGAGGAUUUGCGUCAAGCCGGCGCGUGGGAGUGAGAGAGCAAUGCAGCUUACAUCGGAAUAUCCCCGCACAAGAGAGAGAGACGGCACCGAUGAGUCUUCAACGCGCUUUCUCUCCUCGCGAGACGGAGCGCUGCCUCGAGACGGCGGCCAGCACCGGGAGCAGUCGCGCGCACCAGCUGCGAAAAAGAGCCAUGUCAGUGCUGCUGCCACGUUCCUUGGGCGAGCUGCAACUGUACCGGAUCCUGCAGAAGGCCAACUUGCUCUGCUACUACGAAGCCUUCAUCCAGCAGGGCGGCGACGAUGUGCAGCAGCUUGAGGCUGGCGAGGAAGAGUUCCUCGAGAUCAUGGCCCUUGUUGGAAUGGCGACCAAACCCCUUCAUGUUCGAAGACUCCAGAAAGCUCUACGGGAUUGGGUCACCAACCCUUCCGUCUUCAACCAACCGUUGACAUCUCUUCCCGUUUGCAGUAUACCGGUGUACAAGCUACCCGAAAGUUCCAACAGCAAUGGGCAACAGAACCAACUUGCGGUUCCCAGAGCAUUGUUACCCACAAGCCCCAGUCCUGGAAGGCUGGACCUCAGCAGGGACGGGCCAGGGUGCUCCCCGCUGCAAGGCGCUAGCGAGAGUCGUUUCUGGGGAAGCGAGAGCGAGCACAGCCUUUCUCCAUCUGGAGCUUUCCCGUGUUCACCCCACGAUGCUCUUGGCCUCGAUUCUGCCGCCGUCCAGUGCGUGAUGGAAUGCGUAGAGCGACUAGCCCAGACGUUGCCCAAGAGCGACCCCACAGAAAUCAAAGAACACAUUCGCGCCAACAAGAAGCUCAGCAAGAUGAUCGGCCACAUCUGCGAGAUGAGCGAAGACAGUCCGCAAAAGGAGGUGGAGAUUCGGAAAUACAGCGCCAUCUACGGAAGGUUCGAUUCCAAGACGGACGGCCGGCAGCUUACGAUGCACGAGCUAACGGUCAACGAAGCAUCCGCUCAGCUGUGUAUGAAAGAUCUGUCGCUGCUGACCCGAAGAGAUGAACUUUUCUCGCUGUCCAGGCAGAUUUCACGGGAAGUUACCUACAAAUACACCCGCAGGAGGUCCCACUGCGGUGAUGACGAUGAACCGUCUCCCAAGAGGAUCAAAUCUGAAGAUGGUGUGUACGAUUUGCAGGAGGCUCUUCAUGUUCUUCACACACGUCAAGAAGAAACGGUGAGAGAACAGCUUGCAAUGGCCAAAUCUAAAGGAGAGGAGACGAUCAGACAUAGUCUACAGGUACAGCUGGACUCUCUGUUGGCCAAGCAGGUGGAGCUUUUGCGUGACGCUGCCGUCCAAGAGAGACUGAAAUCGUUGGACUGGCGGAUUCCAACAGCAGCGCUGAAAUACCUCGCUCCGACUGCUCAACACUGCAACAGCGGCCUCUCGAAUCUCUCUGGCGAGAGACCCCUGAACCUGCGCCUGACAGAUGUCCCGUUGGGUAGGCAAUUAGCCAAUGAGCUCAAACGACAUCACAAGCAGAACGCAGAGGAACGGCAUCAUCACCAACAACAGACGUCCGAAGAGAGAAGGACGGCGGCCACAGAAAACGGGUCUCAGAAGGAGCCUGGGCUCCUGGAGAAGAAAACCAUCAAAUCAGAACCAGAGGACUCCAGAUAACGUCUUCGGCCUGAAAGUGAAAGCUUGCGUUUUGUUUAGUACUGAAACAGUGUGGCCUUAACAACUGUAAAUGCCUAGAGAUCCAUUUAUUUAGAGUUUUAUUUUUAUUUCUAAUUUUAGAACGAAAAACACGAACGUCUCGUGGUCGUUGUACGCACAGAAAUCGUCUAAGACCGUAUUCGUGCGUCGUUUUUGUACAUAGUCUGUGUUUGUUUUUCCGAUUGCAUGUCGCUACUCGUGACUAUUUUUAUUUAAACUAUUCGUUAAUCAACGGAAACACUGGAGUUUCGUGGAAAACCUUUGUGCGGUCCUUAGAUUAGUCAAGGUUAAACGACGACAUGCAUCUGUUCGUAUCGGUUUGUCGUCGAGGAUCAACUUAACGUAAAAGAAUACUGAAUAUGUAGAACUAGCUUUGCGUGUUUUUUGCGGUUUUGCGUCAGUUUAGAUAUUAGCGCUAGGAAAAAAAACGUUUGUGUAUUUGUUACCAGCUCUAGCCUUAUUCUCAUCGUCCGAUAUCGUGUAUCUCGCUGUCGUUAGACGUUAACCGUUACAUUGUGACUGUGAUUCCUCGGAAAAAAAAAAAAGUUCGCAAACUUUUUUUUUUCCCAAAUGUGGCCGUUUUGUUAGUUAGCUGUGCUAAUCUGUCGUUCUGGUCUCUUCUAUGCACAUUUGUUGCGUGUUACAGUCUUUAUCUUGUCUUUGUAAAAUCGUUCUAGAAAUAAAACCGAACUGG